UCGGGGUGUACACUUAGUGCACAAGUUGCCCUCUGGAGCACACCAGUACUGCUCGAUCACAGACGCAAGGCUUAAAGAUGCCGAAUUAGUUCUCAUGUGGUAUAAACACUAGUCUGAAGAGAGGCUUACUUUGAAGAAGAAACUUGAUAUAUUUUAAAUUUUUUUCUGACUUUUUAUGCAAAAUGAACAUUCAGAAGGGAACACUGUUUUUAUGUUGGAUGAGUCUGUGCAUGCACCUCUGUGUGAGCCAGAAAGACUGCACAGGUGUGAAAUGUCCUGUUCUGCAGAACUGCAUUGAAACGGUUUUAGAGAAGGGUGCCUGCUGUCCCAGCUGCACACAAAGGGGCUGCAUCUGUGAGGAUUACCAGUAUUACGACUGUUUCAGAGCAGGCUUCAAGAUAGGGAAAGUCCCAGAGGGGGAAUCUUACUUUGUGGACUUUGGAAGCACUGAAUGCACCUGUCCCCAGGGAGGAGGGAAGAUAAGCUGCCAUUAUAUUCCAUGCCCUGAAAUCCCCCCCAACUGCAUUGAAAUUUUAAAAAUUGCAGAUGCAUGUUUAGAGUGUGGGCGAAUUGGCUGUACCCAUGGCAGCAAGAAGUAUGAGGCAGGGCAUUCCUUUCAGUUAGACCGGUGCCAGGUUUGCCACUGUCCUAACGAAGGUGGAAGGUUAAUAUGUUCACCUAUCCCUGGCUGUGACCUUCAUAGUGAUAAUAAGCCCACGUGGGUAGCAACCACUGAGAACAACAUUCAACAGACAGACAUUAGCAGCCUUCAUGACAGCCGACAAACAAGUCCAGUAGAACCAUUUUCCAAGCUGACACUGGGAAAAACUCUACCACUGUAUAAGCAGGACCCACCCAGUUUUGGCACAGAGGAUUAUGACUAUACAUUGGCAGAGCCGACAUCUUCCACUGUCCAAGAACUGGCCCAGCCCCUGAAAUCUACUCCAGCACCACCAGCUUACCCAGUCUCAAGCUUCACUUCCUUCAACUCCCAUUAUGAUAGGAGACCUAAGCUGGGAGAGUCAAAAAAACAUCCAGGUCCAGUGAUGAGCAGUGAUGAUGAGGUCACACAUAUCCAGACUCCUACCUCAACAGGAGCUCAGAGUGAAACCUCAACAUUGCUAACAACUACAGUGACACAGACAGUGGCCUCAGAGAGCCACAGGCUGCAAAAGGAACCUGGUGACAGGACCAUCAGACAUAACACUGACAGAAAAAGAGCCGGGCAGGACACUUUAAAAGAUACAGCAUACACUGCCCGUGCCAGCACAGGGGACAGGCAUCACAAACAUAACCAAGUCAGUCGCACUGGGAAUAUUGUCAGCUCCCAUUCUGUCGACCAAGAGGGACAAGAAAAAGUCUCAGUGGAGCACAGACAGCCGCUCGGUGAAGAGGAGCAGGACUUGUACCCCAUGGUUCAGUCCAGUCCCACCAGCAGAACUCCAGUCAGGAUGAAAGAGGACAGUGAGCAGCCACAACCUCCAACCCUCUACAACUACCAGCCUCAGCAUACAGAAGUGUCUGCCAAGGAGCUGCUGAAGACCUGCUGUGAGACAGGGGAGAAAUGGGCUUCAGUUAAUGGUCACUGCAAAAACAUGGAGCCACCCACAAAAGAUAGGCACUCCAUCUGCUGGACUGCCCAACAACAGUGCUGCCUGGGUUCCCUGAGAGGAAGCCAAUGUUUGUCUGGAAUUAAUGCAGCCAGAGCAGGAAGUAUGUGUGAAGAGGAUGCCGAUGAUGAUUGUGGAACUGAUUCCUACAAGGAGUGCUGCGACUGCUGUUCACUGGGGCUGCAGUUCCGCAGUGAGGGGCAUCGCUGCGACGCCCACCAGUACCUGGGCUUUCACUGCAGACACGUCUUUAUAGCCUGCUGCAAGGGGGAACAGGAGAGGGCUGGGAAUCAGGAUGGCUGGUAUGCUGUCAGAGAGAGGCCUGCCCUCAACUCCACUAUACCACCAACAAAAGUAUCUGACAGCCCGUAUCCUAAAGAAGCCUUCUCCAUUGGUGAGGAGCGGGAGAACACAGUGGAGGGUCCUGUAGAGGUGGAAGACAUGGACGAGUGCCUGAUAUAUGAGGGCAAACUCUGCCACCACAGAUGUGUCAACACGCCAGGAUCUUUCCGGUGUGAGUGCUUCCCUGGAUACGUGCUACAAGAGGACGCCUUCACUUGUGCACAAGAGACGUCGGAUGAGGACAACAGACUGAGGGAGGAUGACGGAGCAGUGGUGGAGCCCACCUCAUCCCUUCUGCCUCCCUCCCACCCCCCUAUCCCGCUCAAUCCCUGUGAAGGAAAUAGCCCCUGUGAGCAGCAGUGCACCCCAGUGGGCAGUAGGCCACAGUGCUCCUGUUUCCCAGGAUUCUUCCUUAGGGCUGAUGGACGUUCCUGUGAAGAUGUAAAUGAGUGUUUGUCUGCACAUGUCUGCCAGUUCAGUGAGCGCUGUUUGAAUACUGCAGGGAGUUACAGUUGUCAGAGAAUGAUCACCUGUCCUCCUGGAUACCAGAACAACAACAACAUUUGUGAAGAUAUCAACGAAUGUGCACAGAGGAGCCAUAACUGUGGGCUUGGCUUUGAGUGUGUGAAUACUGAGGGUUCCUUUAGGUGCAAUCCCAGACCUCGCUGCUCUGUGGGCUUUAACCAGGAUGCACAAGGCAACUGUAUUGACAUUGAUGAGUGCAGUGCUUUGACCCAGGCAUGUGGCCCGGGAUUUAACUGCAUCAACACAGCAGGAUCAUACAUGUGCCAGAGGAAGAUAAUAUGUAGCCGCGGCUAUCAUGCUAGUCCUGAUGGCUCCAGAUGUAUUGAUGUGGAUGAGUGUCACAGCAGUCUGCACCAGUGUGGAGAGGGCCAGCUGUGCCACAAUCUGCCCGGUUCCUAUCGAUGUGAAUGCCGGACUGGAUAUCAGUACGACCCGCUCAGGAGGUCGUGCGUAGAUGUAAACGAGUGCUGGCGCUACCGAGGCCGUCUGUGUGCCCAGACCUGUGAGAACACCCCAGGCUCCUAUGAAUGCUCAUGUACUUCUGGCUUCCGCUUAUCCAGCGAUGGCAAGAGCUGUGAAGAUGUGAAUGAAUGUUUGGCCAGCCCAUGUAGUCAGGAGUGUGCCAACAUCUACGGUUCCUACCAGUGCUACUGUAGAAAGGGCUACUACCUCAGGGAAGACAGUCAGACUUGUGAAGACAUUGAUGAGUGUUCCCGAGGCAUCGGCCACCUCUGCACCUACAGGUGUGUAAAUGUCCCUGGCAGUUACCACUGUGCUUGUCCUGAAUAUGGCUACACCAUGUCUCCAAAUGGACGUUCUUGCAGAGAUAUUGAUGAGUGUGCCACAGGGGCCCAUAACUGCUCUGUAGCUGAGACCUGCUAUAACAUCCAGGGUGGGUACCGCUGCCUUUCCCUCAGCUGUCCACCAAACUACCGCAAAGCGUCCGACACGCACUGUGAGCGAAUCAGUUGUCCCAGCUAUCUGGAGUGUCAAAACACUCCCCUAAGAAUAACCUACUACUACCUCAGCUUCCAGUCCAACAUCGUCAUCCCUGCCCAGAUCUUUCGUAUCGGACCUUCCCCUGCCUUCACCGGAGACAAUGUUAUCGUUAGCAUCACGCAGGGAAAUGAGGAAAACUACUUCAGCACCAGGAAGCUGAAUGCCUACACAGGUGCUGUGUACUUGCACCGACAGGUUGAAGGUACAAAAGAUUUCCUAAUUAAUGUAGAGAUGAAGCUUUGGAGACAGGGGAGGUUUACCACUUUCCAGGCCAGGCUCUACGUCUUCAUCACAGCCAGCCCGCUCUAACAGUUGCUCUUUAGCCACUUUGGACCUUAAUACAGCUCAAGGGGACGUUUCAUACCAGUGUCUUCAGAUAUACCACUGUCUGUCAUGAUUGGUUUGAGGAGCUGCUUGCGUCCAGUGGAAAUGAAUAUUAAAACACUCCUCUAAUAGUGGAAGGAAUCUGUCUGUUUUGUGUCAGUUAGUGUUUUCACCAUGAUUGUGUAACUUCAAUUAAUUUUUCAUUUCACGUUUGAAUGGCAAAUAAACCUCAUUACUAUGCAAGGCUGAGAAAACAUUCGCUCCAAAUAUUCAAGGGGGAAUCCAUUAAAUUUUGAAUCUGAGAUGAUACAUUUGGAGAUAAUUAUGAAACCACAAUGAAACUAUUGAUUAGUUGUAGUGUGUAAAACAUAAAACUCUAAUGUCUGGCAUCUUACAGUGUAUGCAUAUAUAUUCUGGUCGUAUCAUCUCAUUAUUAGAUGGUGUAUUGUUGAUAACACUUUGAUCAAAGCAAAAGAAAUUGUUCUGAGUUUCCAUUCCAGUAUCUAAACAUCUGUCACUUUUUCAAACCCUGAGCUGCUGUUUCUGUUUAGUCUUUGAAAUAUUUGAAAAACUAAUUUAAUAUUACUCUAUACUGUGUAUUUUUGUAUCCUUGUAAUAAGACACAUUGUGGAUGGCUGUAUCAUAUUUUUAUGCUAUAUUUGUAAGCUGCAAAGCAUUUUACAAAAAUAUAUAUUAAAAAAAGACAUAUGUGCUUUGGUGAGUAUUGGCUUAUUGUAUUUAUUUGUUGAGAAGUAUUUUGUAGUUUGUGCUUUUGUGUUUGUUAUACUCACUGCUCAGUUAUUUUCACUUCAAAAACAUGUUGUGUUAUGCACUAGUUCUGGUUAAUACUGUAUAUAGUGAUGGCUAUUCCUCAGUAAAGUUGUUAAAGUAUAUAAUCCAAUCUUGUCAGGGCAUGCCACACACUAAAUAUCUGUGCCUAUUUACAUACCUGUUUGCACCUACAUAAUCGAUAUUCAUCAACAUAUGCCAGUUUGAUACAUGUGGAUUUUAUGAAGGCUAAUAAAAGAAAUUAAUGUGUA